UCCCUACCAUUUUUAUGUGUAAACGAACUCUUUCACCAACAUCAGAAAUGGCUAUUCCCGCCAUUUUUCUACCAACUAACUUAACUGUCACGGCCACCAUUAAAGCCAAUUCAAGCCUCAAAAAGCUUAACAAAACACCCACAAAUCCCUUCAAUUCAUCUCUCAAAUCUCUCACCAAAUCCGGAAAACUCGACGAAGCUCUUCUUCUAUUAGAAUCCCAAAAAUCUUCUCAACUUGACAUCGAGUCUUAUUCGUCUCUGCUCCAUGCUUGUAUCUCGAAGAAAUCAGUAGAAUAUGGUCACAGGCUAUAUAUUCACCUUCUUUUGAAUUCGAACAAAAGUUUUCUCAACGACCCUUUAAUAUUGUCCAAGUUAAUUACCCUUUUCUCUGUUUGUGAUCAGCUAGAUGAAGCUCGUCGUGUUUUCGAGCACGCGAUUGGAAACGAGAAUCGACCCGAAUCAGUUUGGGUUGCAAUGGCAAUUGGGUAUUCGAGAAAAAGGUGUUUUAGAGAAGCAUUACUUGUUUAUUCUCAGAUGUUGUUCCGGUCAAUUGAACCGGGGAAUUUCGCGUUUUCCAUGGCUGUGAAAGCUUGUUCGGGGAUAUCGGAUUUGAGGGUCGGUAGAGGUGUUCAUGCUCAGAUUAUUAAAGCUAAUAAAGAAGCUGAUCAAGUUGUGUACAAUGCUCUUUUGGGAAUGUAUACUGAGUGUGGGUGUUUUCGGGAUGUGUUGAAGGUGUUUGAGGAAAUGCCUGAGAGAAAUGUUGUAAGUUGGAAUUCGAUGAUCGCGGGGUUUGUUAAGAAAAGACAGGUUUUUGAGGCAUUUGAGACUUUUAGGAGAAUGCAGAAUGAGGGUGUGGGAUAUAGUUGGGUAACUUUUACGACGAUUUUAGCUAUCUGUUCUCAGGUUACAUACCUUUAUUAUGGGAGAGAGAUACAUUCACAAAUUGUUAAAUCAACUAAUAUUCCUGAUCUUGUUUUACUAAACUCGCUCUUAGAUAUGUAUGCGAAAUGUGGAGCCAUGGAGUAUUGCAGAAAAGUGUUUGAGAGAAUUAAGUACAAAGACAUAACAUCGUGGAAUACGAUUGUCAAUGGGUAUGCAAUCAAUGGAUUAAUGGGAGAAACAAUGAAGUUUUUUGAUGAAAUGGUCAGUGGUGGAGUUAGGCCGGAUGGUGUGACAUUUAUUGCCUUGUUGUCUGGCUGUAGCCAUGCAGGGCUUGCGGACUUAGGCGAGGAAUUGUUUGAGAGCAUGACUGGAGAUUUUGGAAUUCGACCUUCCUUGGAACAUUAUGCUUGUCUUGUAGAUAUAUUAGGUAGAGCUGGGAAGAUUAAAGAGGCACUGCGAGUAGUGGAGAAAAUGCCUGUGAAGCCUAGUGGAAGCAUAUGGGGCUCACUUCUCAAUUCAUGCAGACUUCACGGAAAUGUCUCUCUUGCAGAACUUGUGGCGGAGCAGUUAUUUGAGAUGGAACCUAACAACUGCGGGAAUUACGUGAUGCUGUCAAACAUUUAUGCAAAUGCAGGGAUGUGGGAGGGAGUUAAUAAAGUGAGAGAGAUGAUGGAGAAUAGGGGAAUAAAAAAGGAGGCUGGAUGCAGCUGGAUACAGGUUAGAAAUAAAGUACACACUUUUAUAGCUGGUGGUGGUUUUGAAUUUCGUAAUUCUGAUGAAUACAAGGAAGUUUGGGAUGAUUUAUCAGAAGCUAUUGAGAAAAUGGGGUAUAAACCUGAUACAAGAGUUGUGCUUCAUGAUGUAAGCGAGGAAACAAAAGCAGAAUGGAUAUGUGGGCACAGUGAACGGCUUGCUACAGUAUUUGGUCUGAUUCAAACUGGUUCUGGUAUUCCAAUUAGAGUGACAAAAAAUAUUCGUAUUUGUGCGGAUUGUCACUCUUGGAUGAAGUUUGUGUCUGAAACAACAAGAAGAAAGAUCAUAGUGAGAGAUACAAAUCGGUUCCACCAUUUCGACCAAGGGAAAUGCUCUUGCAAUGAUUAUUGGUGAUUCUCAUAGUUGUUAUUUUUUGAAAGAAUUUUGUGAACGCGGAAUUUUGUGCAAUGGCUGAUCACUAACCUCUUGAUGGAAAGAGCUACUUUUACAUUUCCACUUGUAACUGGAACUGAAAAUAGACAACCAGAUUACUGGUAAACAAGAAUGAGGGGAAAUAAGGACAUAUCGGGAGUUAUCAUACAUAAAUCCGAGUAAAAGGAACGAAAUGCAAAGGAGAACAAACUCGGAGGUAUUAGCAUCUCUCCUAUCAGUUUGCACUGGUGAUUCUCCCUUGCAAAAAGGGUCUGUUACAUCCCCCCCUAUCCGAUUUGUUCAGAGAGGUAAGAUUGAAUAUCUAGCACCCGGCACCUCCUUUGCAUAUACUUUUCGAAGGUUCUGUAUACCUGUGAUAUUGCUGAGGACUCGCGGGGACUGCUAGCUUUGGAGCAGCGCGGUGCAGCCUCUAGAUGUCCCAAUACAAUUGUAAGGGGUUGAAGUCUCAUGGGAUAAUGCUGCGAUAAGUAAAGACAUUUGUCCCAUACAUACUUUACGCCUUGAACUUGUUUA